AUGACAGAAUCAAACGUCACUGUGACGGAAUUUGUAUUCCUGGGGCUCUCGUCUCAGCCAGAGAUACGGCUUAUCCUUUUUAUCAUGUUCUUAUUCUUCUAUGUAUUAACGGUGGCUGGGAAUAUCAUCAUCAUCACGCUUAUCCGGUUAGAACCCCAUCUCCACACACCCAUGUAUUUCUUUCUCACCAAUUUAUCCUUCCUGGACAUUUGCUACACGUCCACCAACGUGCCACAGAUGCUGUCCAACAUGGUGGGGAAGAAGACCAUCUCGUUCUCUGGCUGUGCUACUCAGAUGUAUUUCUCCCUCUCCUUUGGGAUGAUUGAAUGUGUUCUCUUAGGGGUCAUGGCAUAUGACAGAUAUGUAGCAAUUUGCCAUCCUCUUCAUUAUACUGUUAUUAUGGACCAAAACACCUGUGUCCAACUGGCAGCCAUUUCUUGGUCCAGCAGCUUCCUGAGUUCCAUGGUUAUCAAUAUUCUCACGUUGAGUCUGCCCUACUGUGGACCCAAUAUCCUGAAUCACUUUUUUUGUGAGGUCCCUUCUGUCCUGCGAUUGGCUUGCACAGACACCUUACUGACUGAGUUGGUUGUUUUCGUCUUCAGUAUCAUCAUUGUCUUCAUUCCUUUCUUCCUCAUCGUUGUGUCCUAUGUCAGGAUCCUUCAGUCUGUCCUCAGGAUGGGGUCAGCUUCUGGGAGGCAAAAGGCACUGUCCACAUGUGCCUCCCAUCUGACAGUGGUGGCCUUAUUCUAUGGAACUGCCAUCUUCAUGUACAUGAGACCUCAGUCAAAGUCCUCCAGGGCAGGGGGUAAGAUCAUUGCUGUGUUUUAUACUGUGAUCACACCCAUGCUCAAUCCCUUGAUCUAUAGCCUAAGGAACCAAGAUGUAAAAAAAGCUUUCAGGAGAGCUAUUGGCAAGCAGAGGAUCUGA